GUCUGCAGUGACGGCAGUGACCCGGAUGUUGCCGUGCCGCCUAUGAAACGAGUCGGAUCCACACGAGGAGCUGCCUGCGUUCUGUAUGAAGGCGAAAACAGCGCUGUUUCAGACGCUCUUCCUUUAUUUAUUGCUCUUAAAGGCCACAACCAUGUCAGAGGAACUUCUGUCAGUGGACUAUGAAGUCUAUGGGAAAGUUCAGGGUGUGUUCUUCUGAAAAUACACUCAGUCUGAAGGAAAGAAGCUUGGCCUGGUUGGAUGGGUGCAGAAUACCCCAGCUGGAACUGUACAAGGGCAGCUUCAAGGACCAGCCUCCAAAGUCAAACAGAUGCAGGAGUGGCUCAGAACCACUGGGAGUCCUCAGUCACGAAUAAUAAAAGCAGAGUUCAAUAAUGAGAAGACCAUUGAGAACUUGGACUUUAAAGACUUUAAAGUUGCCCGUUAAUGAACACAGUAAAUUAAUGAAAUUGUUGUGACUACUCUUAACUUAUUAUUUUUUAUUUAGACAUUAUAGAUGAAUUAUUUUGUCUGUUACUCUGACAAUACACUCCAAUAUAGGAGUAUGCACACGUGCACUAAUAAAUACACAUGACAUUCAAA